AUGCUACGUGUUGAAUUUCCCGAAGUAUUUGCUGAUGGGUUGGGAACCUAUAAUAAAUCUUGCAUACAAUUACAUUUAACUGAUAAGACGCCCGUGUUUGUUAAGGCGCGUCCCCUGCCGCUUGCUUUACGCGAGCCAGUGGAACGAGAACUAGAACGAUUACAGCGGGAUGACGUUAUUUAUAAAGUAGAACGUUCGGAUUACGGGACACCUAUUGUCCCCAUUGUAAAAAAAAAUGGUAGUAUCCGUAUAUGUGGUGAUUACAAAAUCACUCUAAAUCCACUGUUAAAAGAUUUUCACUACCCGCUUCCGCGCAUUGAAGAUAUAUUUGCUAACCUAGCGUGUGGUGAGCAGUAUUCAAAAUUAGAUUUAUCUCAUGCCUAUCAGCAGGCACUUUUGUCUGAGGAGUCACAGCCCAUGACAGCAAUCACAACACAUAUAGGGACUUUCGUUUACAAAAGAGUACCCUUUGGUUUAAAGUGUAUACCAGAAAAUUUCCAAAAAUUAAUUGAAGAAAUCUUGAGUGGAUUGUCCUCAGUGGUAGCAUUCCAAGACGACAUUUGUGUGACAGGAGUAGAUAGGGUAACGCAUCUUAAAAAUCUGAGAGCUGUAUUGUCUAGAUUAAAAGAUGCCGGGUUACAUGUAAAUUGGUCUAAAUGCGAGUUUUUUCAAUCUAGUGUCACCUAUCUAGGCUAUCGUAUCGAUAAGGCAGGCCUUCAUACAGAUAAAAAAAUAGAAGCUAUAUUUUCAGCGCCCACCCCUAAAAACGUUACGCAACUAAAAAGUUUUUAG